GUGGAGAAGGCGCGCUCUCGGCGCGGGAGUGCGCACAGCCCGGAGAAUCCAUCCAUCCAUCCCGAAUCCUCAUCAUUCACGGACAUGAAAUAACCAGCGGACCCGUUUCUACUUUUAUUUUAUACACUUUAUUUAUUUUAAGGGUUUUUAAAGGCACUGCGGGGUUCAACAUGGCCGAGGUGACCAGCCUGAGUCCCACCUACGAGGUGUCGCCGGUGCUGGCGGGGUUCCUCGGGGCGGGUGUUCUGGUCGUCACGGUGACGGUCGGCGUGUUCCUGUGGACGUUCUGCCAGCGUCAGUACCGGCGCGUGUCGUUCAAGCUGAACAGCGGCCCGUUCGACUCGCCCACCGACCCGCCGCUGAAGUUCAUCCACAUGCUGAAGGGCAUCAGCAUCUACCCCGAGAGCCUCAGCAACGCCAACAAGAUCAUCCGCGUGGGCCGGAGGUCGUCCUCCUGGCAACGGGGUCACGAGUGCGACCCGGAGGGCCACGCCCAUCUGCAGAUGAACCACUUGGUGCCUCCGAAGCUGGAGCGGGCGCUGCCCAUCCGUGCCAAUUACUGCUGUUCGGAGAGCGGCGGGAGCAGCGGCGGCGGGAGCGAGUCCUCCAGUAAGACGCCGACGCCCUUCGGCCUGGACACGCCCUCUCUGGGCAGCCUCGAUCUCGCCGUCGACUACAACUUGACCAAGAAGGCGCUGGUGGUGACGAUCGUGGGCGCGCGAGGCCUCCCCGCCGUCAACGAGCAGACGGGCACGUCGGACCCCUACGUGAAGAUGAGCGUCCUGCCCGAGAAGAAGCACCACGUGAAGACCCGCGUGAUGAGGAACACGCUGGAGCCGGCGUUCGACGAGACCUUCACCUUCUACGGCGUGGCGUUCAGCUCGCUAGCCGAGCUCACGCUGCACUUCCUGGUGCUGAGCUUCGACCGCUUCGCCCGCGACGACGUGAUCGGGGAGGCGCUGGUGCCGCUGGCGGGCGUGGAGCUGAGCGCGGGCAGAGUGCACAUCAGCCAGCAGAUCAGCAGGAGAAACGUUCAGUGUGGACGACGCGGUGAGCUCCUGGUGUCUCUGUCCUACCAUCCCGCCACCCACAGGCUCAACGUGGUGGUACUGAAAGCCAAACAUCUUCCCACCAUGGACAUCACCAGCCUGCCGGGCAACCCGUACGUGAAGGUGAACGUGUUCUACGGGCGCAGGCGCAUCGCCAAGAAGAAGACGCACGUGAAGAAGUGCACGCUGGAGCCGGUGUUCAACGAGUCGUUCGUGUACGACGUCCCGGCCGAACUCAUGGUGGACGUCUCGGUCGAGUUCUUGCUCAUCGACUUCGAUCGCACCGCCAAGAACGCGGUGGUGGGGCGCCUUGUGCUGGGCGGCCAGAGCCCCACGCCCUCCGGCGUCACGCACUGGAGGGAGGUGUGCGACAACCCGCGGCGGCAGAUCGCCAAGUGGCACAACCUGUCCGAGUUCUAGCGCGGCUUCUGGGUCCCUCGUUCCCGAUGUCAGACUGGUCUGAAGAAUUUGGAUGUCGGCAUGUUCCAGUCAUCACUGUCAUGAUAUAUACGUCUUUUUAAACAUCACCACUUCCCAUUUCUUUUAUUUGGAAGGAGAAAAAAGGGACGACAAACAGACGAUGUCUUCUCGAGUUCGGAUACGUUUGUAGUCAGAAAAAUUCAUGAGACGGAAAGCAGAGACGAUUAUUGUGAAUAUAAUAAACCGUGAUCGUUACUGUGCUAUUAACCUGUAAUAAAGGGACAAACGUAACUGGAACAGGGCUGCAGGUGGGAAAAAAUCUACAUGAUUCCAUCCUGACAUCGUAGAAACAUCAAACCACCGCCGGUUCUGUUCGCCCAGUUUCAAAACCAACCAUGAAGUGGUGAAAUCUGAUGAUUGGCUGUCCAUUCAACCUACAUCAGUUUAUUCUGUCCAUUCAACCUACAUCAGUUUAUUCUGUCCAUUCAACCUACAGCAGUUUAUUCUGUCCCAUUCAACCUACAUCAGUUUAUUCUGUCCAUUCAACCUACAUCAGUUUAUUCUGUCCAUUCAACCUACAUCAGUUUAUU